CGUCAAACCAUUUCGCUUGUCCCCAUAAUCGCUCGAAGGCGCAGUUAUUGAAAGGCAGCGCGCGAGUGCGAAGGUGUAGAUUUAACUCUAGAGUAAACACAGACGUUUGCGACAUAAUGCGUCCCUUUAGCGGCAGCGAUUGCAUAAAGCCCGUCACCGACGGGAUUAAUCGCGCCUUUGGAAGCCGGGAGCCCUGGCAGGUGGCAACUAUAACCGCCUCCACUAUCUUGGGCACAGUCUGGAUAUGGACCGUGCUCAAUCAAGAUGAAAGUCUCUAUGCACGUGGCAAGCGGCAGUUCUUUAGACUGGCCAGGAAAGUGCCCGCCGUGCGUCGUCAGGUGGAGACCGAGCUGGCCAAGGCUAAGAAUGACUUCGAGUCGGAAAUUAAGAAGAACAAUCAGCACUUGACCUACUCGCUGCGUCUGCCCGAGAAGGGAAUGAGCAAGCAGCAGAUAUUGGCGCUGGUUGACGAGCAUCUGAAGACGGGUCACUACGACUGGCGCGAUGGUCGCGUCUCUGGCGCUGUCUACGGCUACAAGCCGGAGCUGGUGGAACUCGUGACCGAGGUUUAUGGCAAGGCAUCGUAUACAAAUCCCUUGCAUGCCGAUCUAUUCCCAGGCGUUUGCAAAAUGGAGGCAGAGGUAGUGCGCAUGGCCUGCACACUGUUCAAUGGCAACAGCGAGAGCUGCGGCACCAUGACCACCGGUGGCACCGAAUCCAUCUGCAUGGCCAUGAAGGCGUACCGCGAUUAUGCGCGCGAGCACAAGGGCAUAACCAAGCCCAAUAUUGUGGUGCCACGUACGGUGCAUGCGGCUUUCGAUAAGGGCGGCCAAUACUUUAAUAUCCAUGUGCGCUACGUCGAUGUGGACCCAGACACGUAUGAAGUGAACAUUAAGAAAUUCAAAAGUGCCAUUAAUAGUAAUACCAUACUGCUUGUUGGCUCUGCACCCAAUUUCCCUUACGGCACAAUGGAUAAUAUUGAAGGCAUUGCUGCUUUGGGUGUUAAGUACAACAUACCCGUGCAUGUGGAUGCUUGCUUGGGCAGCUUUGUGGUGGCGCUGGUGCGUCAUGCUGGCUAUCAGCUGCGUCCGUUUGAUUUCGCUGUCAAGGGAGUCACUAGCAUAUCUGCUGAUACGCAUAAAUAUGGCUUUGCACCCAAGGGCUCUUCAGUCAUCAUGUAUUCGCACAAAAAGUACAAGGAUCAUCAGUUUACGGUCACUACAGACUGGCCUGGCGGCGUCUACGGCUCACCCACUGUAAAUGGCUCACGUGCUGGUGGCAUUAUUGCUGCCUGCUGGGCUACUAUGAUGAGCUUUGGCUAUGAGGGUUACCUAGAGGCAACCAAACGCAUUGUCGAUACAGCUCGUUAUAUUGAAAGGGGUGUGCGUCAAAUUGAUGGCAUCUUUAUCUUUGGCAAGCCAGCAACUUCUGUCAUUGCCAUCGGCUCCAAUAUAUUUGAUAUAUUCCGUCUAUCAGACUCACUCUGCAAGCUGGGCUGGAACUUGAAUGCUCUACAAUUUCCCUCAGGCAUACACAUUUGCAUUACGGAUAUGCACACCAAGCCCGGUGUGGCGGACAAAUUCUUAACUGAUCUACGCAGCUGCACGGCAGAGAUUAUGAAGGAUCCGGGACAGCCCGUUGUGGGUAAAAUGGCACUCUACGGCAUGGCUCAGAGCAUACCCGAUCGCUCGGUUAUUGGCGAGGUGACGCGUCUCUUCUUGCACUCCAUGUACUAUACACCUGAGAAAUGAGUGCGAUUCGCAUUCCAUGACCAGACCACCACACAUUUAUAACUUGUUGUUGAUAUUGUAACGCUAUAGGCAUUUAUAUCAGUGUUUUUUAUAUGUAAAUUUAGCUAAUGGCAAAACUGUUUGUUGUUGCAAUUUAUUUGUAUAUGUAUUUUGUCUCAGAAGCUAACUUAUAGCCACUGUAUACUAAUUAUUUUUGUAUACUUAAUAGUUUCACAUUAAAC